CAACAGCCGCGGCUCAAAAUUCGAACGUCAACUCACAAAGAGAGAUACGAUGUUUUAAAUAGAUGAACUGUUAUAUUUCUGCUUAACUAACGCAUUUUGUUGAAGCGAUAAUUUACACGACAAACAGCCUGACUUUAUACUCGUGCUGGUAAGUCUAACUGUACGUUGCUUUGAAAUAUGACGGCGGACUGUAACUACCGGAGAUAGCUUGUUGGAUUACGUUCAUGUUAAACGUCAUGCUAACGUAGCUAGCACGUUAGCUUAGUCGUUUGUUUUGCUGAGGUUUAUCAGCAGGCUACGUUGUUGCGAAAUUGGAUAACGUAGAAAAACGUUGUGAACUAAACAAAGAUCUGGAGGUAUGGUGAAAGAACGGGCUCAGAAGAAGUCCUACCAGCAGAGUCUGACGGACAUAAAGGAGAAAAUGAAGGAAAAGAGGAACAAACGGCUGGCUAGUGCUUCAGCUCCCAGCAGAGGACGGUCCAAAAUGAUAACCAAAAGCAGUGUGGUCCACUCUACCCACACCCUCCUGAAGGGUGUCCAGCUAAACAACAAAGAGCUAGCUGUCGCCCUGGAAGCUGAAAAGGGAAAAGCGAGACAUGCCAAUGCUGUGAUCCUGCAGCUGAAAAGGGAGCAACAAGCUCUAUUCCUUCACCUACUUCUGCUCAAGAGGAAGCUCAAAGAGCAGGAGGCUCUGGCAAUGAGUGCUUCAGAGACCUUCAGACAUCCAAACAUCCUUGUUGAACCCAAACACCAUGUGGAUUCGCCAAGGACAACGCGGACCAGCCAGAACCUUGAUAAGCUCAUUGGGUGCAAAGCCUCACCAAUCUGUGCAGACCCUCAGCCCUCUGAAAAGAAUGCUGAAAAGCAGGUUGACCUACCAUCUACAGUGGGUGUGAGGCGUCGCCAUGCAGAUAGAAAAAGCAGGAGGAGGUCGGAGCGUGUGCAAGAAAAGUGCUUGUUGAGUCAGGGGGACCACGUCGCAGGCUUGGGGACUAUUUGCAGUGAUGUUGAAACCCCGAAUCAGCCACAGCAAGGAGCAGAACCAGAUAUAGCCGACCCUGUUGACAAUGAGGAGUUUCAGCAUUCUACUCCAGAACCUGUCCCACCCAAAAACAACCAUCAGCGGGCCGGCAGGAAAAGAGCCCAGCAGCAGCCCCGCACCAAACCAGAACCUGCUGCACAGAAGCCAGAGAGAGGCCGCAAACCAGACCGUGCCCCAUUAAAGAAACCAUGGGAGAAUCCCAAACGCAGAACUCGCUCCAAGAGUCGGGACCGGUCAGCCACACGGGCCAAAACAGCACCUCCAUCACAGGGAAAUAAGCUCAACACCUCACUGGGAUUUAAUGACACGUUUGACUUUGACUGUGAAGGGACGGUUCACGUCACACCGUUCAAGGCCAAGGCGGAGGACAAUCAGCCAUCCACAGUCGUCAGCGAAGAGACUCGGCAAACGGAAGCUUCACCUGCGGUUUCCAAACAGAAUGAAUCCAGCGAGUCGUCACCAUCUUCUGAGUCGGAGGACAGCCUUUAUGUCCCUCAGAAGAGCAGAUGCAGACAGAGUUCCCCCGACAAGACCAAAGGGAUCACCACACGCAGAGGCCGGGCCUCCAAAGUCGCCAGACAGAAGGAAAACAUCCCCCCAAAACAGGAGAUCUCUGUCUUUAGAAACGAGGUGUCGAGUCCUAAGGCUGUAGAGCCUGAAGAGGAAGAAGCUCAUCCCUCCCCUGACUCGAGCUUCUCUAACAGCCCUGACGCAGCGAUGUUGAGACAGGAAACUCACCACGAGCCUCACAGAGGAGUUAUUGAGAAGGACUAUUUGCUGCCCGUCAGCCCUCUGGUCGAAGUGGAGAUGCUGAGAAUAGACAACGUCCUGUCCAAUUUUGGAGAUUCCUCCGGUGAAGCUCCUGCUCUUUUACCCCACAAAACACCCCAGAGGGUCAAGACGUGCAAGAAACGUGGGUUUGGUGUAAGGACAGCAGGGCGGGGCUUGAGUCUGUGUGAUGUGACAAAUCUGUCCCCUGCAGCCUAUCGCACGCUCUCCUGUGUUGGUUCACGGACCUCCGAUGCCCGAUGCUCCACCCCUGUUCCUGCUCGCAAGCGGCGCUGCACCAUGGUGGUGGACUACAAGGAACCCACGAUAAAUGCGAAACUUCGGCGUGGAGACAAGUUCACAGACUUGCAGUUCCUCCGCUCUCCUAUUUUCAAGCAGAAGUCUGGCAGGAGGUCUGUGCAGAAAUCAAGGAAUACCAUUAGCAGAGAAAAGAAAUACAUUGAGUCAUUUGUUGGAUUAAUGUGAUUUCUUUCUUCUUUUUUAAGACUUUGACAAGUGAUCAUUUCGUUUUGACCUCAUGGUUGUAUUUCUUUAUGUGAUAGACGUUGUUUUUGUGACUUUGUUUGCUGCAAAGCUCAAAUCUUUCUUCUCUUCUGCAUUUCUCCUCAUUAUCUCUUGUUAAAUAUAUUAAUGGCUAUUUUAUGAAGAUGUCCAGAUUUUCCAAUCCAAUGUCAUUUUUACUUCAAUUCUGUAUGUUUUUAUUAUGAGAGAGAAAUCUGACAAUAUAGUAACAGUCAUUUUAAUUAUUUUAGUGGUAAAACCUACCAUUAAAAGACCUGAAAGACUAAUAA